AAUAAUUAUCUCAUGACGGUAAAUGCAAUGUAAAUUUAAACUCUUUAAAUUUAUGUAGUUAUAAUUUGUGCAGUAGCGAGCUCAGUCGUGAGAAAGCCCGCAUAUGCGAGAGAGCUGCAAGAAAUAGGAGAUUGGAAGAAAAUAGUUCAGACAUGGACGAACUGGAUAACAACGAGGCUGAAAGCAAAAUAGAUGAACGACGACGAAGCAAAACGGAAGUAGAAGCGGCUCGUGAUGAAAUAAAAAAAUUCAAAGAGAAUUUGCUUCAAAGUGUCUCUGCUGGGGAUUCAAUAAUAUCGGAAAGUGGAGCAGAGAUAGCAAUUCCAUCGAGAUCACGAUCUGCGUCCAGAGCGAGGGAUUCCCUAGCUAUAUCGGCUAAAGUUUUAGCCGAGCUCGAUGAAACUAAAGUGUUUGAACUCAAAGAGGCCUUUCUCCUUUUUGACUUGGACGGAGACGGCUGUAUAGACUUCAAUGACUUGCGAGGCACCCUCAUCAGUCUUGGAGAAAAAGUUGACGAACAAGCAGUAAAAAAUAUGAUGUCAGAGGCACCAGCUCCAUUAGAUUUCGAUGGAUUCGUCCAUCUUCUUGGUUACCAGACACUUGAACUUGAUUCAGAGGAAACCCUCGUCGAUGCGCUAUCUCGAUGGGAUAGAGACAACUCUGGAUUUAUUUCUGAAGAGAGAAUUCGCCAUGAUCUCAUGACCUGGGGUGACAGGUUCACGGAGAAGGAAGCCGACUACGCUUUGGAUGACGCGCCAGUUACUCAAAAAGGAGGUCGACCUAUGAUCGACUACAUCAAAUUUUGCAGCCAACUCUGCGGCCUUAGAAAAGCUAAGAAAAAUGAGAAAUAGAUUUUAGGUGUUAUCUAUUGGAAUCUGUCUAAAAUAGUUUUUUUUCUAUUUUAUCACUAGUAUUCUUACUACACUUUGAUAUUAAUAGUAACUUCUAUUUCACACUGUUAUUUAGUCAUCUAUCAAGAACAUC